CGGAAAGAACAGCGCUAGAAGCAAGCGAAACGCAAAAAAGUAGUAACAUCAAGUCCUCUAGGUUAAUUAAAGUUGAACCAUAGAUAUUGUUGAUCCAGUACUAUCUCUGUUUCUAGUUCUACUUCUCUUCUCCGAGUUGGACCAGCAAGUAUUACUUUUUUAUGUUCACCACGACCACAGGCUGUCAGCAUGAAUAUUUAGGCUUUCAAGUUUGACUUUAUAAUCUUUGAGAAGUAAGCAAAACCAUAUCUUCUUCACGAACUACCCUAUCACGAGCAUUAUAUAUUUAUAAGGUUGCUUUCCAGCACGACAAAAAAAUGACGCCUGCUACCUUCUCGGACCGCAAAUUGGUCGCUCCGACUUUGCCCAUAUGUCGGCAAUUUGAACGUGGGGAGUGCGACAAGGCUGCCUGCAAGUGGGCUCAUGUGGAGAUGUACGACAACGUCAGAAGGAUCCGAGGUGAAGUGCAAGUUUGCGGAGAUUUCCUGCGGAACGCGUGCAACCGAAUAGACUGCAAGUACUACAACUACAACUACUACUUAUUUGUUGGAUUUUUUAAUUUUUAUGCAACCAUACAUGACGUCGAUAGAUUGCAAGUACUAAAACUUCACCUGCUUGCACAACUGCAUUUUUUAGAUCUACAUCAUCAUCAUGAUCGUCAUCGUCUACCUACGUCAGCUGUCUCGGGAUAUCACUUGGUUUUUUUACCUAAACUACCUGGUAUUGGAACAAAAUCGAUGAUCCAUUUCGAUGUAUUGAGAGUUGAGAAGAACGCGUUAUUUUCAUAUUGAUUUUGAAACCAAAACCUUACCUAAAAAACCAAAAGUAUUUUAUCUGUGUCUACUUUCAACAAGAAUAUAAAAAGGUUCUUCCACGCUCCUCCAGAGUGGUGUCUACUUUCAACAAGAAUAUGAAAAGGUUCUUCCACGCUCCUCCAGAGUGGUGUCUACUUUCAACAAGUACAUUAUGAAAAGGUUCACUCCUGGCUCUCGCAACAUUCCUCAAUGGAGAGGCAGAGAAAGACUUCGGAUUUCGGUAUAACGAUUCAACUACAACUCCAAAACAAGAAUAUAAAAAGCAGGUUCUUUCACGCUCCUCCAGAGUGGAACCAAAACUCUACCUAUAAACCAAAAAUAUUUUAUCUGUGUCUACUUUCAACAAGAAUAUAAAAUAAAGGUUCUUUCACGCUCCUCCAGAGUGGAAUUUGCACCGGUCAAAAAAAUGUGUUGCCGUGUGCGAGAAGUUUAUGAACAACGAGUGUUUCCUCCUCCAGUCCGAGUGCAACGCCGCUCAUCCUGAAGACUCCAACGUGCUGACUGACGUGUCGGUGUCUGUGUGCGUGGAGUAUUUGAUCGAUCCACUCCGUUGCUCGGGUACCGACUGCCGAUGCUACCACCCUCCGGAAGAUCAUGUCCUGUUUCAACAACUGAGAAAACAGGUGCUAGCACAAAAAGCCAGAUUAUUAAGGGUAGGUUAAAGGUGCUUUUCUUACCGCUUUUUAUGCCUCUCCUAAGGGAGAAAGGCAUAACAAGCGGGGUAAGCGAGCACAAAAAACCUACCUCUAAGAUUAGAACAGAAAGCCGAAGUGUUACCUCAGAGAGGGAAUGUGUCAUUGAAAAUAUUGAACAACAGUACUAGACCGGGUAAUGCUGGUGCGGCGAGAGGCGGAAGAGGCACAGCACGAGGAGGUCAUCAAUCUAGUACAGCACGAGAAGGAGGAGCAGCUUUACCCCCAGGUGUUUCUAGUGGUAAUUUGAGAAGUCUUUCUUCAAUUAAGACUUCCGGAAAUCUCCCAUUUUGAAUCGUGUAUCUUGGAGCUCCGUCGCGUAAGGGGAAAAAGGGCCCAACAAGAUGAGUAAUAUCAAGAUGGGAGAUUUCUGGAAGGUCUAACUCAAUAGGAGCCGGAGGUGCGAGUCGUGGGCGUGCACAACAACGACCACCUCCGAAAUUACAACAGAUUCCUUCCACUGUGGGCAAUAACCCGAUGGCAACGAGUAUCGACUUCGGUGAUCUUGGUGGCAGCAUAGAUGCUUCAGAACUCGAGUUUCCUCUUCAGACCGUUAAGGCGCAUCAAUCAACCGUGGUUCGUAUGAAGGAAUGAAUGAGUGAGUUUCUAUCUAUUAUUGGUUUAGGCGUUGUUGGCCUAGUGGUUUAGGCGUUGGCUUAGUGGUUUAGGCGCUGGCCUGUUCACUUAUCAGGAUCCUCACUUUUGGAGCUCCUACGUUUUAUUGUUCCGCCCACAUUAGCUGUCUACUUCUAAGAGAAGCGACGACUUCGACUUGACUGGCGGCGACCAGGACUACGACAUUAUCGAUCCCUCUGGCACGGAGAAGCAAAUCCACAUGGAUCUAGAUGCGGGAGACGAAAUUGAUGAAAACGGCAACCUUGUUUGCAGAGAAGUGUUGGGCGAGGAUAAUCUUUUGUUAAGGCUCAUCAAAAUAAUUCAUCAUAUUCACUGCGGUCAUCAAAAUAAUUCAUCAUAUUCACUGCGGGGCGUGUGACUGAAGGUAAACUUUACUGUAGGGUAGGAGGUACUUUCCAACUGGUUGGCCUCACGAGUAGACACUGAUAGCUACAUAAGAGGUACCAUUACAUGACAUGACAGGACCUACAAUCUAGUCCAAUCAUCAUCAUACUCACUUUCACGUUUAUCAGGGUCAUCUUUGUCAUCUUUCUUUGUAUCCUCCCUAGGAUCUAAAAAAGUACUUGAAGAGAUGAAGUUAUCCUUUCGAGCUCUAAUUUUGUUGACUUCAACUGACGGUCCUGGGCGCGGAAGUUCUGUGAGCGGCAUGGAUCGUGGCGGUGACCAUGGAGGGAGAAAAGCGAGAUCACUAGAUCGAUAUGGUCGAGAGCGUUGCAGCGACUUCAAAUUGGGCCGUUGCAACAGAGGGAUGAAUUGUAAAUUCAGUCAUGACAGAGGAGACGACUUCGAACCUCCGCCCGGAGGAGUGUUAAGGCUUCUACCGCAGUUGGAGCACCUUCCUUGCGAGCGUCUUGCCCGCUGGACACUUCUUUUUCCUCUUGGCAAAGGCUAGUGCCGCGGCUAGAGCAUAAUAAAUAUCCUUAGUGUCAGUCUUCAUCCUUCUUAGGCACUUCUUUUUCAACUAAAGGUAGAAAAAAAUAGUGCCUCAGGAAGACGCGGCUCUCAAAGAAGCAGAUGCUCUCAAGCGGUAGCUCCUCUAAGAAUCAGCAAUGCUGGAGGAGGACUCUUUUCAUCGGGUGUGGGCGGACAAUCAGCGAUCAGAGGAGGAGCUCCCCAACAAAACAACAGUGCUUUCAUACCAGUUGCGGGAGGAACAAUUCUUGGGGUACUUGGACUAAUAUAGACUAAGUCUUAUUGCGGGAGGAACAAUUCUUGGGGUACUUAAACUUAUAGACUAAGUCUUCUAAGAGAAAAAUAGUAUAAUUAAUAGUUGUUACUAACUAGUAGUAUCGCGUCAUUCUUUUCCCAGAAUAAAGAUCCUACAACAAACAACUCACUUAAUAAAGUUAAACAUAUCACAUAAUUCUUUGUAUGGUUCUGGUAUUUGGUAGCCUGAAUUUGAUCCUAAGGGUUCUCUUCUUGUUUUCCCUUAUGAUCAAAUUCAGGCUCUCACUAAAAUACCGGAGCCAUUCACUCUCUCACUAAAAAAAUGCUACAAAUGAUCCUACACCAGGGUGGUCCAGCACAACGCGAAAUAUGCAAGGAUUUUCAGAACGGGAAGUGCAAGCGCGGCGCUAAUUGCAAAUUUUCACACGAUAUCGGAAACAUCAUCUCCAGUGUCGCUGGUGUUACCAAUAACUAUUCGGGGUCUUUUGGCGGACCAUCUUCCACACGAAGUGGCAGCAUGCGUUCUGCACCGAGAGGCGGAAGAGGCCGAGGAGGACGAGGAGACAGUAGUUAAGGCUUGAUUUUCCCCCUAUUCAAUAAACAACUCUUCAACAUUGACCUCUUGCCAGGCACAUCAAUCAAUAAAUCAAUCAAGUUGAUCAAUUCUCACUACCUGCUAAAGAACCUAGUAGGAAGCAUCUACAACUUGCUUGCCAGUAUACUUAUAUCUCCAAGUACUUAGAUAGAAAACGCGUCAACAUCAAAGUUGUAAGGUGGGUACUUAUUUCCUAGUACAACUUUCAAGAUGUGAACUGUCAUCUCGGUACAACCUAUAGUACUUACGCUCUAGAACAGGGAAAGUGGUCUAAUGUCCACGACGAUCAAGAAGUAGAGGGCGACGUGGAGGACGUGACCGCUCACGCGGAAGAGGAGACGAAAUGA